UCUCUCUCUCUACUGCAGUUUUUAGGGUUUUAUCCUCCGAAAGUAUCCUCAACAAGAAAUGGCGGCGACUCAACUUACAGCAUCACCAGUGACUAUGUCAGCAAGGAGCUUAGCCUCGCUGGAUGGUCUCAGAGCUUCAAGUGUCAAGUUUUCAUCUUUGAAACCAGGGACCCUUAGGCAGAGCCAGUUCCGUCGUUUGGUUGUCAAAGCUGCUUCUGUUGUUGCCCCUAAGUAUACUUCAAUUAAGCCAUUGGGAGAUCGAGUUUUGGUGAAGAUCAAGGAGGCAGAGGAAAAGACUUUAGGAGGUAUCUUACUACCAUCAACUGCUCAAUCAAAACCUCAAGGAGGUGAAGUCGUUGCUGUGGGUGAAGGAAGAACUAUUGGGAAGAACAAAAUCGAUAUCACUGUCCCUACUGGAGCACAAAUUAUUUACUCCAAAUACGCAGGAACUGAGGUGGAGUUCAAUGAUGUGAAGCAUCUCAUUCUCAAGGAAGAUGAUAUUGUUGGCAUUCUUGAGACAGAGGACAUCAAAGAUCUCAAACCUUUGAAUGACCGAGUCUUUAUUAAGGUUGCUGAGGCAGAGGAGAAAACAGCUGGAGGGUUGUUGUUAACCGAGACUACUAAAGAAAAGCCUUCUAUUGGCACGGUGAUAGCAGUUGGACCGGGUUCCCUAGACGAAGAAGGUAAAAUUACUCCUCUACCAGUAUCGACCGGAAGCACAGUUCUUUACUCCAAGUAUGCUGGUAAUGACUUCAAGGGCAAAGAUGGUUCCAACUACAUUGCCCUCAGAGCUUCAGAUGUGAUGGCUAUACUUUCUUAGUUAUGUCAUAUCUUUGUAAUCUGCAACUUGUAUCCCAAUUGUGGAAAAUUUUUCGUAAACGGCCUGAGCAUAAUCUGGAAUAAAGACUUGAGUUGGAAAUAUGAUUGUGAUUCGCUGGUCU